CUCAGACAGACAGUACGAAUUCCAUCUUCGGAGAAGACAGACGUAUAUUUAUAAAAAAAAUAAAGUUUUGAUAAAAUAGUAACUGUUUCAGUGAUAGAUUACGUUAAAAAAUAGUGUGUGUGGAGCUGCCUUAUUUCAAUUUAUAUCAUGGCUUCUUCCAAAGAUAACCAAGAAAUCACGUUAGUUGGCAGAUCAACAAAUCCACAGGUUGUUGCCCACCUAGGUAUUCAAGAUGGCUACCCACCAAUAGUUCCAAUGGGAGGCUUGCAGCCAGGCCAUGCACCCCCCUUUACUACACAGCCAGGAUGCAAACCAGCACCAUAUCCAAACAAUAUUAACCUAAGCUACCCGCAAAAUGAAAUAAUGUUUUCACAAGGACCACCUUACCCUCAAGACAAAACCUCACAGGUUCAUCCUCAAAGGGGUUACCUACAAGAAGGAGUUUAUGUCCAAGGGGGUCAACCGCAAGAGACCCCUCCUCUCCCACCAGGGUUUAAGCCCGAUUUCGACAAUAGCAAUAUAUACAUGGCAGAGCAGACGGGCGAAAAUGGCUUAGUCCAGGCCUUAGAUUUCACAGAGAAAACAAUAAGGAGGGCUUUUAUCAGGAAAGUGUACGGUAUCCUGACCUGCCAGCUUCUCGUCACCAUCUGUUUUAUCUCACUGUUCGUGUUCUAUUUUCCCAUCAGGAUGUGGGCACCCCAAAAUCGUUACAUGCUGGUUAUAGCAUUCGUGGUCUACUUCGCAAUGGCGUUCUCCAUGAUCUGCUGUAGCGAGGUCCGCAGGAAGGCUCCAAUGAACCUCAUCUUCCUCGGGCUGUUCACCGUCGCCACUGGAUACAUGCUCGGCGUUAUCACAAGCACCUACAAUGUUGAUUCUGUGAUGAUAGCAGUGGGUAUAACAGCAGCGGUGGUCCUCUCCCUCACUCUGUUCGCGCUGCAAACCAAGUACGACUUCACCGGCAUGGGCGGCUCUCUUCUGUGCGCCCUGGUCAUCCUCUUAAUGAUGGGAAUCAUGUGUCCAAUAAUGCCAAACAAGACAUUGAACAUCCUCUACGCGUCUAUCGGAGCCCUAAUAUUUUCUCUGUACAUCGUAUACGACACCCAACUAAUGCUGGGCGGGAAUCACAAGUAUACUAUCUCACCUGAAGAAUACAUAUUCGCAGCUCUCAACUUAUACUUGGAUACCAUUAAUCUGUUCAUAAAGAUCCUGACAUUAUUUGGACGACGAUAAUCUAAAACUAAAAUAAGCUGACUAAAAAAUAGCGUCUAAGACCUUUUACUAAUAUAAUAUGGUUUUUCUUUCGACCGAAAUAAAUGAUGAUUAUUAUUAUUAUAGUAAAAACGUGCUAUAUUUUUAUAAGCCUCGUAACAUAAGACUUAGAUACUAUUUCGUUCUUAAAUAUAUUUUACAUCUCUUAUGUUCGGUAAGUAGGUCCUCCUUGUUACCCCCAAAUGGGGCUUGUAAGUGACCAAUUAGCGUUCUAGGGUAAUAAUGUAGCUAGAAAAUCCCUAGGGCGGUAAGUAAUUUAAAAAAUAAACACUUCACUUUUUCAAAAAGUUCGCGUACAUCUAACCAUCAUACUGGCAAUAGACAUCAUGCAUUCAGCCAAAUGACCAAAGAGGUCGCUAUUCAGCUUUUCAGCGUUGUCUUCGUAUAAAUAUAAUUAUCAACUUAAGUUAUCAAUUUUAAAUAUCGAAAAUAUUAAUUCCGAAGCUCAAUUUCGUUCUGAAAAAAAAAAAUUAAAAAGUUCUUUACUUGGUUCUUUUUAAUGAAAAAAAGUCAGGAAUAGAAAACUUUUCCUUUAAAUAUUGUUUGUUUUCGGUUUUUUUUUAUUUUAUAAUUACGUUUUUUUCUACUUACCUCACAAUCGAGAUGUAAAUCAGAAUAGUUAGCUCGGGUGCAAGCAUCAAUUGCACCCUCGAACUAUAGGCGCCCUCCUCGCUGCGCUCGUGCGCGUGUGCUCGGGCUGCAAUUGAUGCCUACAGAUUUGCACGUGACAUUUUGGCCAUAUUUUUAUAUUACCUAUUAUUAUUAUUAGUGACACUUUAAGCUGUAUACCUAUUACUUAUAAGUGAUUUUAUUGUUAGAUUGUUACCGUCUAAAGAUUAUAUUAUUUUUUUAAUUUUUAUAAGAUUAUUUGACAAAAUUAUGCAUUUAUAUUAGAGAACAUUAAGUUGAGUACCUUUUAAUUAAGUUAAUCUGAUUUUACCGAAAUUGACUUUAUUUUAUACCCACCUAUCUACUUAAAAUAAAUGCUAUCACGUUCAUAACUCAUUAAA